GGCUCGAUUCUCCUUUGCCUCUGACCGCUUCAGUCUCGCGUCAGGACUCGAAAGUCGCGGAGAACCCGACACGAUACUCGUCACGAGCCAUUCUUCUCGGCCGACACGUCCUAGACCAGAGACUCGAAACGAACGAAUCGGAUCGGAUUGGCUCAGUUCGGCUCGGCUCGAAUCCGUGGUGCUGUGUGCUUCUCGCUUCCGUACCAAUUCUGUUGUGUUGUGCGUUCAUUUAUUUGUGACGACUUUGCUCCUCUGCUCGUUCGUGAGCGGAAGUACAGGAAUGCUAGGCUGACCCCGGAGGACCGAUGCUUCAACCGGUCGAUCGUCGAUUCUCGAUGACGUCUGUUCUCUGCCAGGAUUACACCUAGAGGAUUAGUUUUCGAGCUAACGAGAGGGACGCAGCCGAUUCCGAACCGACAGGAUUCCAACAGGCUCCAGACCGAAGUUGUAGUGACGGGACAGCAGUCGGUGGCGGUCCGGUGAACGCGAACACUCUGGGAACGAUGCAAAACAACGCGGACAGCACGAUGGACGUGACGAUGACGCCGAGCACGGUUCUGGCCACUCCGGGAUUAAACAACCCUGCGUGGAAUCGUCAGCAAGCGGUCAGCGUCAGGCACGCCUUCAAAACCUACGGAAGCAGCAAAAAUCCGAAUCAUGUUAUCCAGAAUCUUAGCAUGACCGUAGCGAAAGGUUCCAUAUACGGACUGCUCGGCGCCAGUGGUUGCGGCAAAACGACCCUGCUCUCUUGCAUCGUCGGUCGAAGACGAUUAAAUUCGGGCGAGAUUUGGGUCCUCGGUGGCAAACCGGGCACAAAAGGAUCCGGUGUUCCAGGAAAGAGGGUCGGCUACAUGCCGCAGGAGAUAGCGCUCUACGGCGAGUUUACUAUUCGCGAGACGAUGAUGUACUUUGGAUGGAUAUUUGGCAUGUGCACCACCGAAAUCACGGAUAGGCUGCGAUUUCUGUUGCAAUUCUUGGACUUACCCUCGCAAAAUCGACUGGUGAAGAAUCUCAGCGGUGGCCAACAGAGACGCGUGUCCUUCGCUGUUGCCCUGAUGCACGAUCCCGAGCUCCUGAUUCUCGACGAGCCAACCGUGGGUGUAGAUCCGUUGCUGCGACAGAGCAUCUGGAACCACUUGGUCCAAAUCACCAAAGACGGCAACAAAACCGUCAUCAUAACCACGCAUUAUAUCGAAGAGGCUCGGCAGGCGCACACGAUUGGUUUGAUGAGAAGCGGACGCUUGCUGGCCGAGGAAUCUCCAAGAGCUCUCCUGACGAUAUACAACUGUGCGUCUCUCGAAGAAGUUUUCCUGAAGCUAUCGAGAAAACAGGGUCAGUACGCUCAGCCACCCACCGAAUUGAACAUCUCGAAUAACAUUAGCCUGGCUUCGUUGAAUUGGGGUAAGAAGAACGAACCCGUUUACGUGACGGAGGAGUCAGGCGUCGUGGGGCUCAACUUCCACCAAAGCAAAGAAGUUCUCAUUCACGACUCGACGAAUGGCAUUGGAAGUCAUUACGACCUGAACGGGAAACCUCUGCCAGGCACCAAGAGCUCGACGUUGGAGUGCAACAACUGCGGAACUUUCUCGGAUUGCUACAAGAUAACCAGCACGGGCAAGAUGAAAGCACUCCUGCAAAAGAACUUUUUACGCAUGUGGAGGAACGUGGGAGUAAUGCUGUUUAUAUUCGCCCUGCCGGUAAUGCAAGUGAUCCUCUUCUGCCUGGCGAUCGGCAGGGAUCCAACGGGGCUGAAAUUGGCGAUAGUAAAUCACGAAAUGUUCUAUGAAAACAUGUCUUGUCCGGUCUCGAAGGAUUGCGAUUUUUCCCAUCUGAGUUGUCGUUACCUGAAAUUCUUGGAUAACGAUACGAUGAUCAAGGUGUAUUAUCCAGAUCCUGCAACGGCAAUGGACGCCGUGCGCAAAGGAGAUGCCUGGGGAACGCUGUACUUUACCGAAAACUUUACGGACGCCCUCGUCGCUCGAAUGGCCCUAGGAAGAGAGGCCGACGACGAGACUUUGGAUCAGAGCGAGAUCAGGGUCUGGUUGGACAUGUCCAAUCAACAGAUUGGCCUGAUGCUGGCUAGAAAUCUUCAGUAUUCGUACAGAGAUUUUGCCAAAGACCUCUUAUCGGCUUGCGAGCAAAAUACGAAACUGGCCGACGUCCCGAUUCAAUUCAAGGAUCCAGUUUACGGCACCAAUGAGCCUAGUUUUACCGACUUUGUGGCACCAGGAGUAAUCUUGACCAUCGUAUUCUUUUUGGCGGUGGCCCUCACCUCGUCCGUUUUAAUCAUCGAGAGGAUGGAGGGUCUUUUGGAUAGAAGUUGGGUCGCGGGAGUCUCACCGGGCGAGGUUCUCUUCUCCCACGUCAUUACCCAAUUCGUCGUGAUGUGCGGUCAGACCGCGCUGGUACUAAUCUUUAUGAUCCUGGUGUUCAGCGUCGAAUGCAAGGGAGAAAUCGGCUGGGUGAUCGUGCUGACGAUUCUUCAAGGUCUUUGCGGCAUGUGCUUCGGGUUCGUGAUUUCAGCGAUCUGCGAACUCGAACGGAAUGCGAUCCAGCUGGCACUAGGAAGUUUCUAUCCUACUUUGCUGUUGAGUGGCGUGAUCUGGCCGGUCGAAGGUAUGCCGACGGUCCUGCGAUACAUAUCUCAGGGUCUGCCGUUGACGAUGGCUACGACGUCGCUGCGUUCGAUGCUCACCCGCGGUUGGACCAUCUCGGAACCAGACGUCUACAACGGCUUUAUCUCGACAAUCAUUUGGAUAGUCGUGUUUCUCACGAUAAGUAUAAUGGUGCUCAAGUUCAAGCGUGGAUAGAAAAUUAAUCGCGUGACCGUGUUGCUCGUUGCACAUCGGUUGUAGCUACCGCGCGAAUCCGCGAAAAGAAAUUAGAAAUACGUUGACUCGGUUCGAGUUCGAUCACGGUCGGCUGUCGGGAUGAAAAACUCGAAGCGAGUGGAAGGAUCGCUUCGACGAUCUUCUCGUACGCGGACCUCCAGACUUGUGAUGAUCCUUUGUGCGUUUAACGUGAUUCUUGCGUGUACGAAUGCGAAUAGGAAUGCGAAUGCGAAUGCGAAUGCGAAUGCGAAUGCGAGCGCGUGUGAAUGAUUGUAUGAGAUAUAGUAUGUCUCAUCUAUUUUCCUUCUCUUUUCUUGUUUUUCUUUCUCUUUCUUUUUUUUAAAUCUGUAAUACAACGAACAUCUUCAGGGAUACGUUUUAUCCCGGAUAUCCACUCUCCGAGACAAGUACUCGUCGUCUCGUUCAGAUGUUUUAUCCCACGGGUUGUAGGAAAUGUUUCGGUGGCGACCACGUUCGCGCGAGUAAAUAAUAACUCGAGGCGUUCUUUUCGCACGUCUCGCGUAUAGUUUUAUUUAACGAUAUCGCGUAACGGACGCUCAAAAUACGUAGCGUAUCUCGGGUGUCCCACAAGUAUCGAAAAGAGGCGAACGCUACGCGUUUGUACUCGAGUUUGUCGGUACGACGCGUACUCGUAAAUUUCUCUGAAAUGUAAACGGGAUCGCGAGUAGCGAGUUGUUAAGUUGUUAACGAAUUAUUCUAUUAGAAGUAAGACGGUUUAACUUGCCCAUGAACAUAAAUGUACCUCGUAUUUAAAUUCUAACAAUCGCAAACAAGACACGGGUAAACGACUCGCGGUGCGAUAUUCUUUCCUUCGCCCGUCCAUUAGCGGGAAAAAGCGAGAAACGAAUCUCCAUAAAAAAUUGUACGUUAUACCGUACAACGAAGUCGUGUAGGGAGUUUUGCGAGAAAAGAAAUUUCGUUUGGGAACACGAUUGCAAAGUUACCGAUCGAACGUUAACGGAUGCUAAAUGUGCGAUACGCACCUAGGAGACGGAAAUGUAUCAUACUGUAGUAUAUAAAUAAUCAUAGCCGUUACGUUUUAUACAGUACCGAUAUUUUUGAAAGAUUCGAAAUUGUACGAUAUUUCUAUUCGAUUUUUUCUAGUUGAAUUUUAUCUCUCAAUGUUUGAGUAAGAAAUACCGUAAAGGAUACAUCGAUAGGAUAUACAUACAUAUGUAUAUGUAUAUGUAUAUAUAGGAGAGACAAGAAACGGAAACUGUACAUUUCUAUUUUCCUUAUAAACUUGUGUAUAAAAAGAUUUCACAGAAAAAGAUAUAAAAAGCUUGAAUAUCUAUCGCGUACAGUUCGCAAUAACAACUCGAACGAUUGCGUAUGCAAGUGCUUGUUAUAGCAAAUUAGAAUCAAUCUAGUUACUUAAUCAAUGUCAAUUUGUACUUUUCCUCCUCGGCGAACCACUCUCUAUUGUCCUCCACGAGACGCUUCCAAUACUCUGUAAGACAAUUAAAUCUACGGAAUAAAUUAUGUCGUCUACCUACGUAAA